AGCAGAGCAGAGGGACGCAGAUCUCCGCUGUGUGUGUUGUUCCGUCCUGCCGUGAAACAAGCGUUUUUACUCUCCUCGUCCCAGUUUCGGGCUGUCUUCGUGGGUUAGCCUGUAUCUGCUAACCCCGGCUACAUGGCCAGCGAGCGCCGCACAGCUAACUGUUGUUAGCCUCAGCUCAGCGCUGGGACCCCGGCGAAGUGAAGUGAAGUGAAGUGAAGUGCGGGGAAUGGCAAGAGUUCUCUCGGAUAUUCCACUCAGAACACACGGCGACUAAAACAAGAAAAGGACGGAACGAGUCCACGGUUCCUCAGUGAUUUGACACACCGGUUGUCGGUGUUACUGCAGUUCCCAUCAUGGUGCAGAAGUACCAGUCACCCGUGCGUGUGUACAAGCAUCCCUUUGAGCUGGUGAUGGCGGCCUAUGAGCGCAGAUUCCCUACGUGUCACCUCAUCCCGAUGUUUGUGGCGAGUGAUGUGAUGGAGGAGGAGGCCAGCGAAGACGCAUCCAUCCACAGGGUUCAGAGACGCUGUGCCCUGGAUGUGGACGCGCCACGCCUGCUCAAAAGGAUUGCUGGUGUGGACUAUGUCUACUUCAUUCAGAAAAACACCCUCAACAAGAAAGAGAGGACGCUGCACAUCGAGUCCCACAACGAGACCUUCUCCAACAGGGUCAUCAUCCAUGAGACCUGCUGCUAUUCGGUUCACCCAGAGAACGAGGACUGGACGUGCUUCGAGCAGACUGCCAGCCUGGACAUCAAGUCUUUCUUUGGGUUUGAGAGCACGGUGGAAAAGAUCGCUAUGAAGCAGUAUGCCAGCAGUAUCAACAAGGGAAAAGAAAUUAUCGAGUACUACCUGAGGGAGCUACAGGACGAGGGGAUCGGUCAUGUACCUCGCUGGACUCCCUCCUCCUGUUCCCUGCCUCCCCCCAGGCCAACCAGUCUCUCCACCAGUCUACCCGAAGUCCCCAAGCUCGUGGUCACACCCGCCGUUUCUAUCCCUUUGCCCGCCAACGCCAAAGACAGCACCUCAGUAGAUGCCAAGCAGGAGAGCGGCACGCCUCAGGCAGACGUCCUCAGUGACAUUCUGGCUGGUACACCUGAAGACAAGCUGGAUGCAGACUAUAUCAAGCGUUACCUGGGCGACCUGACCCCUCUGCAGGAGAGCUGUCUGAUCAGACUUCGCAAAUGGCUGCAGGAGACGCACAAGGGAAAGAUCCCAAAAGACGAACACAUCCUGCGCUUCUUGCGGGCCAGAGACUUCAACAUCGACAAAGCCCGGGAGAUCCUGUGUCAGUCCCUGACCUGGAGGAAGCAGCACCAGGUGGAUUAUCUGCUGGAGACGUGGACUUCACCGCAGGUCCUCCAGGAUUACUACACCGGGGGCUGGCACCAUCACGACAAAGAUGGUCGUCCUUUGUACAUCCUGAGGCUGGGCCAUAUGGACACCAAAGGUCUGGUCCGUGCUCUCGGAGAGGAAUCUCUGCUCAGACAUGUGCUUUCUAUCAAUGAGGAGGGUCUGAGACGCUGCGAGGAGAACACCAAGGUGUUUGGUCGACCUAUCAGCUGUUGGACGUGCCUGGUGGAUCUGGAGGGACUGAACAUGCGUCACCUGUGGCGUCCGGGAGUCAAGGCGCUGCUGAGGAUCAUCGAGGUCGUGGAGGCCAACUAUCCAGAGACUCUGGGGCGGCUGCUCAUCCUGCGAGCGCCCAGAGUUUUCCCCGUCCUCUGGACACUGGUCAGUCCAUUCAUUGAUGAAAACACACGCAAGAAGUUCCUCAUUUAUGCAGGUAAUGAUUACCAGGGGCCCGGAGGUCUGGUGGACUACAUCGACAAGGAGAUCAUCCCAGACUUCCUGGGAGGAGAGUGUAUGUGUGAGGUUCCAGAAGGCGGCCUGGUCCCCAAGUCCAUGUACCGCACAGCUGAGGAGCUGGAGAACGAGGACGUCCGUCUGUGGACGGAGACGAUUUACCAGAGUGCCAGCAUCUUCAAAGGAGCGCCGCACGAGCUCUUGAUUGAAAUCAUCGACGCGUCCUCCGUCAUCACCUGGGACUUUGACGUGUGCAAAGGUGACGUCGUGUUUAACAUCUUCCACUCCAAACGUGCCCCACAGCCGCCACGCAAAGAUCCCCUGGGCGCCCACGGCAUCACCUCGCCCGUGGGCAACAACGUCCAGCUCAUCGACAAGUCGUGGACACUGGGGCAAGAUUACAGUAUGGUGGAGUCGCCCCUCACCUGUAAGGAGGGAGAGAGUGUACAGGGCUCUCACAUAACACGAUGGCCGGGUUUCUACAUCCUCCAGUGGAAGUUCCACAGCAUGCCGGCCUGUUCGGCCACCAACCUGCCCCGAGUGGACGACGUGCUGGCCACCCUGCAGGUGUCCUCGCACAAGUGUAAAGUCAUGUACUACACCGAGGUGUUGGGCUCCGAGGACUUCAGAACCGCUUGCUGCGAUGUGCAGAGUUUGGGUUCGAUGACCAGCCUGGAGUCGAGCCACAGCGGCUUCUCUCAGCUCAGCGCCGCCACCACCUCGUCCAGCCAAUCACAGUCCAGCUCCAUGAUCUCCAGGUAGAAAAUGACCUUACCGUCAUCACUGAAGCCAACUCUCUGUGGAGCUGAAGAAAACCUGAAGCAAAAAGGAAAAAAGAAAACAAUUUUUACAAUUUAAAGGGCUGAUUUUUGCACAAAGGUCACAUGGUGGCGGGGCGGGCGGGCGGGGGUUUGGGGCAAUGAAAAGGUCAAGAAUUUUGUUUGCACCAGAGGUUUGGAAAAAGGAGCAAUAUUGUAAAUCUGGGAGUGACAGUGCCUGAUGAUGACACCGGAGGGCGCUGUUACGUCCACAAGACUGAGACGGACGAGCUGUUACAUUCAUCAUCAUCAUCAUCAUCAUCAUCAACAACAACAUUCUCCAUUGCAGCAGAGCAGGUUGUUGAUCACUGAACUGAACUGUGUGUCUCUGUGGCUUCAGGACACGCCCCUGUUUCACCUGCUCUUCUCAGUGGGCUUUGGUGUGGGCGGCGGCCUCUGAAACUUCAGUUUUCAAACAUUCUUAAAAUGUUGCAGAUGCAGAUUUUCUGAGGUGUUUUUGUGUUAAAACCUCAAACAUCCACACUUUAAAACUCUGAAAUGCAGUAAACUCACAAUUAGAUCUGGGUCAAAGGUCACCUGCAUCAUUAUUAUUAUCAUUAUUAUUAUUGUCAGUGAGUGAGUUUUAAACCUUCAUCACUCACUGAGAAGUGUUUUUUUUUUUGAGACCUGGGUCUGAAACCCCGCCCCGCCCCCACGUGCAUGAAGCAAUAACAUGAAUUUGACUCUUUGUUUUUUACCGUGUGAAAUGUUUGUGUGUGGGCGGAGCUCGGUGCUGACGGACAGACGAGCAAAAACUGAGCCAGUUCACUUCCUAACUCUGUGGCAUCAUCAUCAUCAUCAUCAUCACUGUUAUUUCUCCAUUUGUAACCCUGACAGUCAUGGCUGUCAGUCAACUGUGUGAUGACAUCACAGAUCUCAUCAGACGCUCAAAACCAUCUGGAUCUUAGUCUGUGACAGUGUGACCGCAUGCACCCUGAACCCUCUGUAAACGCUUCUUCUUAUGUUACUGAGUUCUUCUUCUUCUUAUGUUACUGAGUUCUUCUUAUGUUACCGAGUUCUUCUUCUUAUGUUACUGAGUUCUUGUUUGGAGCUGAAUGAGACUUUAGUGGGUUUCUGUAAGAGUGAAAGUGUUGGGGUGAAGCGGUGUGACUGCAUGCGCACACGCUGAGUGGGUUUACAGGUUUAUUAUGAUUAUUCUUAUUAUUAUUUAUAUACAGUGUGUGUGUAUAUAUAUAUAUGUGUAUAUACACGUAUAUGUAUAUAUACGUGUAUAUAUAUAUAUAUACAUAUGUAUGUGUAUGUGUGUGUAUAAAACAACAGCCAUGUGUCCAUAAAUACCAUUUUAGCCUUUUUUCUUGUCACUACUGUAAAAAAUAAAAAAAAGAAACGAGUGACUGUGAUUAACAAACGUUUCAGAAUGCAACUGUUUUAUUAUUAUUAUUAUUAUUAUUAGUGGUAGUAGUAAUAAUAUCUGGAUAAAGAGCUCUGAUGACUUCAUACAGCUCAGACGGCCACUAGAGGGCAGUCAUCAGCAGCUCACAGCAGGAAGAAAAAAAAAAUGAAAUAAUGGUGCGUUCCAUUUACGAUGGAAGUCGGAGGUCGGACCUGGGAGUAUUUUUACAUUACAUGUCAUUUUUUGUGUGAACAUCUGAUUUACUGUAGAACAAACAACAAACGCAGGGUUCUCAUGGAAGUUUGUGAAUUUAAAAAAAAAAAUACUUACUUUCAAGGCCCUGAAAAUCGCCCUUUAACCUAAACGGGUCCUUGAAUCUUUCAAAGUGAAGUUGAUAUUUAGGUGAACGUCUCCCUCGUUUGUUCCCAUGCCCCCUGCUGUUUGUCUCACACCCUGCGGACAGGACAAAGUCCUCCCUCUGUCUCUCUCAGACCACGAUGUCUGGGAAAUAAAACAAAUUUACAAAGACAAAUAAGACUUUGAUCAGCUGUUCCAGGUUGUCCCCCGUGUUCAGCCACGUCAGCACAUUCAGUCCUGUAUCCUGGAAAAGUCCUUGAGUUUGAGUGUAACAGUAACAGUUAGCAGUUGCUCCGGCUUCUUUUUGAAGAAAUUUCCCCAUAACUCGGAACUUCCGACUUCCGACUACAACUGGAACAUACCAUAAUACUUGUGUGAGACUGAGGGUCCUUGUUUUUUGUAACUGGAGAAUUCUGGCUCUGCCUGUGGUUGUUUGUUUUUAACUGUAAAUGAUCAGAAGUCAACAUGUGACAAAGUUUGUCAUUAACUGCAAUAACUCCUCCUCCUGUGUGUGUGAGUGUGUGUGUGUGUGGUUGUGUGUGUUCCACUCAAAGCCACAGUUUGUUAGAUAAAGUUUAGAACACCGUUUCCUUCCAAGUGUGUUGUUGAACCUGUGCAGCAUAAGAAAAAUCUAAUCAAAAUAAGUUUAGUUUGUCGUCAUGGGCAACGACACAAACUUUCCCACAUAAAAAAAAAACCCACAGACAUCAGCUCAGAAUCAGCUGCUCAUCGGUCUGUUUAUGUCACUGUGACUGAAGCCAUAGACUUUAACACAUUCAUCAGGAGGGCUAUUGAACUGUGUGUGUGUGUGUGUGUGUCUGGUCUCCUUUUUUUAUGUCUGUCAUGUUAUCUCAUGUCUUCAGGAAUCGUCUAAAUGUUUGGAUUCAUGUCAACAUGGCCGCCUUUACAUGUUUUGAGAACAUUAAACUUGAAUUAUGAGGAAA